AUGGAAAAGACUCAACGGCAGCUUCACGCCAAGUAUGGCCCGCUUCUGAGGAUUGCCCCAGAUGAGCUCACAUGUGCGGAUCCCAACGCCAUCAAGUUGGUUUACAGGACACAAAAUGCCCUGAACAAGACUGAUUUCUAUCCUGUGUGGAACAAUCAGAAUUUUAGCAAGCAUAAAGAUGCCUUCACCGAGACCAACGACAGGGCCCAUGGCGAACGAAGACGGAUCGUCAGUCAUGUGUACUCUCUGGCCAACGUCUUGAAAUCCGAGGAGUACAUUGAUAGAUGCUCCGAGUUGAUGAUGGUCCGGCUGAAGGAGUGCGCCGAGGCAGAUGAGCCGGUGAUAAACCUGGGGCACUACCUCCAAAUGUACGCGUUCGACGUGAUUGGUGAGCUCUAUCUUGGGGAGAUGUUCGGGUUUCUCCAGAAGAAUCAUGACCAUGGUGGGUGGAUCCACUCACUGGACCUGCUGAUGCCCUUUCUGUGUCUAUGUGCCGUCGCACCAGCUUCGGCCCGUCCGUUGAUCCUCGCCUCGUCCCUCUUUGUGCCCGGGUCGUUCAAGGCGCUGAAAGCCGUGGAAAAUAUUGGCAUUUCCGCGAGAAGCUAUGUGGCGAGACGGUUCGAUGAGGCGCCCCGGCUGGAUUCUCGGAAGCGGACAGACAUGCUGCAGCAACUGUAUGAUGUCCAACUGCAGAAGGGAAACAAAAUGGACUUCCACAUGGGUGAUAUCGAACAAGAAGCAUAUGUUGCUCUGUUUGCAGGGUCUGACACGACGGCUAUCGCGUUCCGGUCGUUGUUCUAUCACCUGAUCAAGAACUCGGAUGUGUACAAGAAGCUCCAGGACGAGAUCGACCAUGCUUUCAGUUCCGGCCAGCUCAAGUCACCGGUGAAGUUCUCGGACGCCAUCAAGCUUGAUUUCCUGAGCGCUUGCAUCAAGGAGGCCCUGCGAAUACAUCCAGGAGUGCAGUUGAGCAUGGGCCGGGUCGUCCCAGCGGAUGGGCUCGAGCUCUGCGGGAUGUUCGUGCCAGGCGGUUACUGGGUAGGUUUAAACCCUGCCGUCGUCCACUUUGACAAGUCGGUCUUCGGCCAGGACGCAGAUGAGUUCCGACCGGAGAGGUGGCUCGGGCCUGACGCAGCGAUGAUGGACCGCCAUAUCCUGUCGUUCGGACACGGCUCAAGGACCUGCAUAGGCAAGAACAUCUCUCUGGCUGAGCUGCAUAAGCUGACACCCGAGGUGUUGAGAAGCUUCGGGUUGGAAUUGGCGGACAAGAACAGCACGUGGAAGACACGGAACCUGUGGUUUUGCAAGCAGGAGAAUGUAAUUGUGAGGCUGAAGAAGCGAAAGGUCUGA